GAUACUACGAGCAAGCAGAUCAGCGCACGGCUUCUGAAGAUUGAAGACAAUCAAAUGCGACUGCGCAGCGAGUUCAACGACUUCCGGGAAAGCAUCGAACAAAGUAUCAAAUCGCUGCAUACAUCAGUCAGACGUGUCAUAGAAAUGAACGACGGGCUUGAUGAGUCCAUGAGGGAGUCUUUCGCAUUCAUACAGUCAAACAUGGACAAGACACAUCAGAAGCUUCUAGAAAGCAGCGACCAUUUAGGCAAACAAAUGUUGGACGUUAGAAGAGAAAUCAUCGCAGCAUCUCAAAAUCCAACUCAACAGAAGGAAGCUGGCUUCGACAAACAGCAGAGAAAGAUGUACACACACAUUUUAGAGUGGGAGUUGUGUAACAUAGAUCGUAUGGUGACGCUUCAGCAGAGUGCCUCCAGUCAGUCCCAUCUGAUCGGGCAGCUGGAUUACAAGCUCAUUGGUGGAGCAGUAUGCACUAGAGACGGCUAUCUCCGGGUGAACAUUUCUGGGAUGUUUACACGCAUGCCCACGGACUCUAUGGACAGGAAGAAUUGUAAUUUUGAAUGUAGCGCCCUUCUUGUAGACAAGUCGGGGAAACGAGCGGACAUGACUGUGGGAAAAAUCACAGGUGAUUUUAACAAGGGCAACGAGUGGGUAGUUGGGAAUGUCUCUGUGGCGGAGAUCAAAGUCAACGGGUACGCCACUGAUGAUGGCAAUGUCAACCUGAAGUUUGUUCUCCAUGUCGGUAGCUAA